GUCAUCUCACGAACAAGGCAUAUCCCUAAACACCACCCACCACGCCUAAACUCUGCAAUCCCAGCCUACGCGGGUGUUCUUCUAUGGUUGAACGAUAAUAAAAACAUAUAUUACAUUCCCGGAUUUCUAGGCAGAAUAGGAAAACAUGCCAUCGCUGGCCGUCACACCCCUCUCUGCCCUGCGCCUAAGCACACACUUGAUACCCAGCCAUGCCCUCCUCCCCAACACGACGCCACACGGACACGGGCUGCUAAUCUACCGCGGUGCUUUUCCGCCAAACACAUGUCCUUCAGCGCUAGAAGCGCAUGUGGCUGGCAAUGGGUUUGCUCCGCAGUGGCGCUACACCAUGUACUCGACGACGCACUACCACUCGACGACACAUGAGUUUCUGUGCGUGUUUGCGGGGCGGGCGCGGCUGCUGUUUGGCGGCGAGGCGAAUCCGGGGAAGCUGGAGGCUGAGGUGAGGGCGGGCGACGCGGUACUGGUGCCGGCGGGGGUGGGGCAUCGAUUGGUCGAGGAUGUCGAUGGCGGGUUUACCAUGGUGGGGAGUUAUCCGGAGGGGUGCAGUUGGGAUAUGUGUUAUGGGAGGAAGGGGGAAGAGGAAAAGACCGAGGCGGCAGGAAAGGUGGCGUGGGUGAAGAGCGAUCCGUUGUAUGGCGAGGACGGACCGGCUGUGUGGGACAAGGAGCGGCUGGACAGGUUUUGCGGGGAGAAGAGGGGGUUGUGA